UCACACACUCCCUCCCUAGUGGUCAACAUGAAUUCUGCAUUCCGUACACAACCGGAAGUGUUUUUUUAGAACAUGUCCAGGUAGCAUGAGCUAAAAACAUUGGGCUAAUAAUACGAUCGCAAUUCGUAUUAAGUAGCCUUUUCGGGUUGGAACUCAUGCAAUACUGUGGGUUGACUGUACGCUGCAAUGGACCAACAUGGACGCAAAGUGAACCCUCCACCCUCCGGUUACAAAAAUCACAGAAGAAACAUGGAUAAUGACACUUUGAGUGUAAACCCUAAACGCUUUAGGCCAAGCCAUUCGCCGGACCGAGCUGAUCCAGCACCUCUCUCCUCCUCAGCAUCUUCAUGCCGGGCUUUGAGUACCAGGCGGCAAUUAUAUGAAAAACCCUUUCCAGUUUACAAACAGCCUGUUGAAGUGGGGUCUUUUUCACUGGACUCUGAACGUAGGUUCUUCAAUGACGCAAGGCAAAUUAGAUAUUUUGUGGAGCCGCCUUCCAGGCCUGACUUUAACCUAAGGGAUGGCUACAAGGACCGGUUUGUAAAGAGAGACGACAGUAUAAAGGAGAAACUGGAUCACAUCCUUCGGUGGAUUCUAGCCAACAAAUCAAAGCUCGAGUCCCGUGUGGCUGCAGCCUCAUCAUCACCGGCGUUGGGGGUGGACGUUGUCACAUGGCGCGGACAUCUCACCAAGCUUCUGACCACGCCAUACGAGACGCGGGAGGGCUGGCUGCUGGCAGCCACCCUGUUCAGAGGAACCCUUUACCUCAGCGAGGUGGAGACGGAGGCCUCGCGCCGCGAUACAGAAAACCGCACGGAGCGGCACCAAGAGAUGAUGUACUGGGGCUACAAGUUUGAGCAGUAUCUAUGUGCAGAGGACAUGAAGGCCUCCCCAGACCCAGGCGGCGUGGUAAAUACCAACGAGGCUUUCUGCACCGUGGUCCAGACCAAGCUGGCCGACCACAAGCUGCUCUUCUCAGGCGAGGUAGACUGCCGGGACAGAGGGCCCAAGUCCCCUGCCGCCCCUGCCUGCUACAUCGAGCUGAAGACCUCGGCGGAGAUCUGCACGCCCAAACAACGGAGUAAUUUCCACAGAUUCAAGCUGCUCAAGUGGUGGGCCCAGUCCUUCCUCCCGGGAGUCCCUCGUAUCGUCGCAGGCUUCCGGGAUCCCGACGGCCUGGUUGUCGGGACGGAGACCAUUCACAUCUCCCAGAUUUCACAUCUUAUCAAGAAUGAAUACAACUGCUGGAAACCCACCGUGUGUAUGAACUUCUGCUGUGAGUUUCUGUCCUUCGUCCGGACGGUGGUCAGAGAGGACAGCCCCAGGGUGGUGCAUCUGUUCUCCUGGGACCCCCACCAAGACGUUACCUACACCGUUCACAGAGACUCCAGCUACUGCUUCCUCCCUCCCUGGUAUGUGGAGGGGAUGGGGUCCCCACACUGACCCCAGCCGAACUAGGCCCCUCCCCUUGGGGGUCAAACCCAACUGGUUGUCCUCCAAGAGACUGUCUGUCAAUGCCAGCCUACUAUUACCAAGAGACUUUGAUCACCAAUUUGUUGGUCUGUUUAGCAGAGGUGGCUAGAUGUGGCAUCACUAGUCAUAUGUGAUGUUGUGGACUUCCACAAGAAUGAAAUUAUUAUUUUAUUAAGGUAACAGGACCGUAAUAACAGAACAAUGCCACUGUAUGCUUUGGUUCUCCCCUUUUAAUCCCAGGCUCUCAAGCAAUAUGUUUCUGUUCCAAAACAAUUGUACAAUCAUCAAGACAUUAGUAAACGUAACCUUAACAAAGGCACAUGGAUUAUUACAAUAACUCUUCAUGUACUUAUUUCGUUAACAUGAUUAAAUAUCAGUAAAUGUGAAAGGGUUAGUAAAAAAGGUUUGUGGAAUAUUACAAUAACAUAAUGCGACUGUGUACUGAAUUUUAUAAUAAAUUAUAUGUGAAUUUUUCUAACUAUUUGAUUAUUACUGUUGAGGUUGCCUGAGGUGUAAUGAGAAAUACCUUUUGUAAAAAAAAUCGACUCAACAUUUUCUCUCCAAACGUAAGACAUAAUUUGAGGAGAGCGAAUUUACAGAAGAUCAGAACAUAAAUACAUAACCCUUUGGUCUUUUUCCUAUACCCAGUGUAUAGUUAUGAAAUUGGGUAAAGCCAUUGGCUGACUUGCACCCAACAUAACAGUUAACGUUGGAGUGACAACUCGUGAAGCAGUAAGAUAGUUCAAAAGACAACACACAGAAAUAAUAAAUUAACAAUUUUUUAGUUGAAUUAGGAUAAAUACUCUUGUUUGAUGUUUGUUAUUAAUAAGAAACCACAUGGAGUGUUUUCCUUUCAAUUUACAUCAUAAAUGUAUAUUGACAUUAGUAAAAAAAAAUCCCAAGACAAAAGGGACUAUUUUAUUAAAAGCCAACCCCUAGAGCUAAUUUCUCAUUGGCUAUGGAUAAAGAAUGAUAAUCUGCAGACUGUAUCAGCUCUCCAACCCCAAACUCAUCACCACGACAGAUUUCAUUAAUAAAAAUGCUUACUACGGUGUAAUCGUAUAAUUUAGUUAAUUAAUUGAGGGUGCCACCAGAGGGCGGCCCCUAGACAUUUGCCGCCCUAGGCGAUUAUUAUAUUUUUUCUUCCUCCAUGGGUCCCUCAAGGCGUCUGGGCCCCGGUGCAGUGCACCGGUUGCACCGUCGAUAUUUACGCCACUGGCAAGCACAUCCCAGGGAAGCAAUUAAAGCGGACAGAGGGGUAAUGGUCAUCAGUGCUUCAUGGCCUUGUUGAUGCGCAUCACUUUAAACGUGGCUGUGGUGAUCUUCUCGUACACCACAAACAUGAGGGCUGCCGUUAGCACCGUCUGCAGCAGCUUGGCCUCCAGGCCUUUGUACAGGCCAAGGAAACCAUGUUUCCUGUGUUUAAGAGGACAGAUUUCAGGCAACUUCAAAAAGCUAUCCUGUAAUAUGUGUGUGUUAUGGCACUAAUAGGCUUUCAUCACAAUAUAAAUAUUAUAGUAGGAGGCAAAAAAAGGUGUAGCUCAUUCGUUUUAUCGUGGGUCUGAAAUACUACGGUCACGUGGGAUUUACAUCUGCUUUCUUCACUAACCUGAACCAUAUUAAAAAAGUUGAAGCCGUUCUAAAUGUUAAGAAAAUAAUGACUUGAUUCUCAUGCUGAGCUAAUGGUUACCAACAGGCUUGAGUGAGCCAGCACUAUGUAACCAUAGCUACAGUCCCAUACAUUUGAAGUUUUGAACACAAAGGUAAUGUUCAUUAUAAUUGAAUUAUCAAUUUGAUUCAUAAAGCACAGGUGUGAUUCAUGGAUAAAACAAUGACAACAGCGGGCCAAAGAUCCCUGAUCCCUGGGCUAAGUAAAAAAAAAGCCUUGACUUACUUUAUUCUAUCCAUCAGCAGAGCCACUAUGCUUCGCAGACUUGCAAAUGCUCCUCCCUUACCAUCGCCCUUAUACUGGCCAAACUGGUGAACAAACAGGUCCAUUUCAGGAUUCCAUGGUUACAGAUAAUGGAUAUUGUUUAAUUUAGAUGCAGUCUUAGUUUUACCCUGAGAAUGGCCUGCACUGUCUGCAGAGGAUAGGUUCCCGUGGUAGCAACAGCCUUGGCAACGGCCCCAAUCACAAAGAUUUCUGCCGAUGUUAUCUGUAACACACACACUUUUUCAAUACGUAAAUGAACACAUCUUCAUGUUAUAGCCUUAAACCAAAAUCAAUAAACCUACAGCUAGAAUAAUAGCUAACAACAAAUAGCUUGAGG